UCCGGCUCUGCGGCUGCCGCGACCUUCCCGCGAAAUGGCGCCGUUGCCCUCGGAGCGCGGGGGGAGGGCGGCCGCCAGGGACCCUGGCAGAGAAAAGGAACAGUUCCGUAAACUGUUUAUUGGAGGCCUAAGCUUUGAAACAACAGAAGAAAGUUUGAGAAACUACUAUGAACAAUGGGGGAAACUCACAGACUGCGUGGUCAUGAGGGAUCCUGCAAGCAAAAGAUCAAGGGGAUUUGGUUUUGUAACAUUUUCAUCUAUGGCUGAAGUGGAUGCAGCCAUGUCUGCAAGACCUCAUUCAAUUGAUGGAAGAGUGGUUGAGCCCAAAAGAGCGGUAGCCAGAGAGGAAUCUGGAAAACCUGGUGCUCACGUUACUGUGAAGAAACUGUUUGUUGGUGGAAUUAAAGAAGACACUGAGGAACAUCACCUUAGAGAUUACUUUGAGGAAUAUGGGAAAAUUGAUACUAUUGAAAUAAUUACAGAUAGACAGUCUGGUAAAAAAAGGGGCUUUGGUUUUGUUACAUUUGAUGACCAUGAUCCUGUGGAUAAAAUUGUAUUGCAAAAAUACCACACCAUCAAUGGCCAUAACGCAGAAGUAAGAAAAGCUUUAUCUAGACAAGAGAUGCAGGAAGUUCAGAGUUCUAGGAGCGGAAGAGGAGGAAACUUUGGUUUUGGGGAUUCCCGUGGUGGUGGUGGAAAUUUUGGACCAGGCCCAGGAAGCAAUUUUAGAGGGGGAUCUGAUGGAUACGGAAGUGGUCGUGGUUUCGGAGAUGGUUACAAUGGAUAUGGAGGAGGACCAGGAGGUGGCAAUUUUGGAGGUAGUCCUGGUUAUGGAGGAGGAAGAGGAGGAUAUGGUGGUGGAGGACCUGGCUAUGGCAACCAGGGUGGGGGCUACGGAGGUGGUUAUGACAACUAUGGAGGAGGCAAUUAUGGAAGUGGGAACUACAAUGAUUUUGGAAACUAUAAUCAACAACCUUCAAACUAUGGUCCAAUGAAGAGUGGAAACUUUGGUGGUAGCAGGAACAUGGGGGGACCAUAUGGUGGAGGAAACUAUGGUCCAGGAGGCAGUGGAGGAAGUGGGGGUUAUGGAGGGAGGAGCCGCUAUUGAGCUCUUCUGCCUGUUUGCCAUGGGCUUCACUGUAUAAAUAGGAGAGGAUGAGAGCCCAGAGGUAACAGAACAGCUUCAGGUUAUCGAAAUAACAAUGUUAAGGAAACUCUUAUCUCAGUCAUGCAUAAAUAUGCAGUGAUAUGGCAGAAGACACCAGAGCAGAUGCAGAGAGCCAUUUUGUGAAUGGAUUGGAUUAUUUAAUAACAUUACCUUACUGUGGAGGAAGGAUUGUAAAAAACACAAAAAACACAAAAAAAUGCCUUUGAGACAGUUUCUUAGCUUUUUAAUUGUUGUUUCUUUCUAGUGGUCUUUGUAAGAGUGUAGAAGCAUUCCUUCUUUGAUAAUGUUAAAUUUGUAAGUUUCAGGUGACAUGUGAAACCUUCUUUUUUAAGAUUUUUCUCAAAGUUUUGAAAAGCUAUUAGCCAGGAUCAUGGUGUAAUAAGACAUAACGUUUUCCUUUAAAAAAUUUAAGUGCGUGUGUAGAGUUAAGAAGCUGUUGUACAUUUAUGAUUUAAUAAAAUAAUUCUAAAGGAAAUUGUGUAAUUAUAGACUUUUUAUUUUAAAGUUAAGGAGGGGGUAGUAUAUAAUUAAGUCCAUUGCUAAGUUAUUGUUACAUAUGUAAAUUUAAAUGCUGAUCAGAAAAAAGUGUGUUGUCUGCAAUUCAUCAGGAUAAAAGUAUCUAGUUAACUGAAGGGAUAUCUCUGCAAAGAGAAACACCUUUUUAGAUCUUUUAGAUGCUGCUUCUUCAAUGCAAGGAGAUAUCCCCAGCGAGGUACUCUUCCAGGGACACAGGUCUAGUACAAGAGAACUCUUGACGGCUACUAAAAUCAGCCGGUCUUAAAACUGGGCUGUGUUUCUGCAAAACUUUAAACUGCCAUAGUUUUUAGAAGGAUGCCAUCGAAAGCUGAGGGUGUGUGUAGAGAAAAAUAGUUCUAAGCUUCAGUUAAACUGCUUUAGCAUUGAUAUGAACCAAGGACAAGCAUAAUCUGCUGCCACAGGGACUGUAAAGUGCUACCUCUCAACAACUGAGGCAAGCAGGCAGCAAAAUUCAGUUGCAUUAUUAAUCCAUGGCAGACAUUUCACUCUUCUCCAGUAGCACUGUUCAACAUAAGACAAUGGAGGGCAUUUGUAAGCCUACAGGACUUCUAAGGUGAUUACUUGUGAAAACUAAGUUUGGUCUGUGAGAUUCAACACUAGGCUUUAUUGCCUGGGAUGGGAUAUGACCAUCAAGAGAUUGUCGCUAGUUUCUUACCAGUCAAUCUGAAAUCUUAAGACCACCACUGAAAUGAUUGGUAGCUACUUUGGAGCACACAUUGAUAAACCUCUUCAGAUACUUCUUUUUUCUUUGGCAGGAAUGUGUCUUGCUGCAGGUAACUAAUGAAGAAGUGGUCAACCACAGAAUGUCUUCAAGAAAUAAGAAAUUCUGUACCAUCUGAAUAUAUUUCUUGUUGGUGCCUUCAUUUUUAAAAGCACUUUUAGUUGAAAGGGAAAUGUAUUUGGAUGAUAAUACAAAACGAUCAGUUCAAAUUACCGUGAUGAGAAUUGUCUGUAAAGAUCAAAAAUUCAGCCUUCCUAGCCAGCAUUAAAAUUGUAUGGUGUUUUUAAAAACAGGUUUUGUGGAACAGACAAAACUUUUUUAAACGUUUUUAAAAUAAACAUUUUUGUAUCGAA